CGCAUUCGAUGUUGCAUCCACUUCGACAUAUGAUUUCGUUGGGACUCGUCCAAUUCGAGCAGUUGCCACUUGAGAUACUUUUUCGGGCUUGCGAUAUGUCAAACGCGGAUGACGACGAAAGUUGUGCAAAAGUGCUGCUGGCUUACACUGCCUUCUGAUUGGGACGUGAAAAACUCCUCAUGCGAACGCGAAUCGUGAGUCCUAGUCCGCGAUCGCCUUCCAAAAUGAGUGCAAACAGUUCAAUUUGCUGAAAUAACUGUGGAUAAAUGCUAGCGGCUUGCGUAGAAAAUCGAUUGACGGGAAAUUCUCCAGCGACGACACGGCUGUGAACAACGACGACGGUGGUGCAAGUGAAAUUUUUUCUCUUCGAUUUGAUAUUUUCGGGUCGUCAACCAGCCAAAUCCCAAAGCGGCGGAGUGAAAACAGUGGAAAAGUGCCAAAGGAAUAAUGUAGACAGUAUCGCAGCCGCUCGGAGGCCUCUCAAGCGAAAAGUGGAAUUCAAUAACAAUUUUCUGUGUCACGCGCGAGUGUCAGAAAUUUGGCGUACAAUCGGCAGCGAGCGACGUCAAAGCCGUGCUCAGCUCGAAUUAUCGCCGUCUGUGAAGUGAUUCUCGACGAGCCAAGAUGGUUGGCCCACCGCCACCUCCGCCAGGUCCCCCUCCACCACCGGGGCCACCACCACCACCAGCGAUGGGUGGCCUUAAAUUGGGUGGAGGUUCAGCAGGAGGAGACCCGCGAGCAGCCCUCUUGAGCUCUAUUCAAAAGGGCACGAAACUUAAAAAGACUGUUACCGUAGAUAAAAGCGCACCAUUAAUUUCCGGAAAGGUUACAGGUGAAAGCAAUUCAAAUGCAUCAGGAUCAAGAGCACCAUCAAAACCAGUGAAUGGAGGUCCCCCAUUGGCUGGUUUAUUUGAAGGGAUGUCGUCAAUGCCAAAACUGAAACCUGUCAACGGACGAGGUUCUACAGCGCCAUCAAGACCAUCACCCCCAGCACAAUCACAGUUAUCAUCAACCGCGACUACAAAGAGUAAUGCACAAUCUUCUCAAAAUAAUGGGCCAAUGGAUUUCAAUGCCGAGCUAACAAAACAUUUAACGCUGAAAAAACAGAAACAGCAGCAACAACCACAAGUUAAUGCGACUGAGGCGAAUCUUCGAACGAAUCGAGGUCCACCGCCACAACCGCCUACACAAAAAAAUAUCACAUCUAGUACUUCCGAUCCGGUGUUGGAAAAAACGAAUUCAACAACGACCGCAAAAACGGCACCAGUUAAACCGGCAUCACCGACUAAACAGUCGGAGGGAAGUAGCAAUAGAUUGAACAAGAAAAAUGCUACCCUUAGCUUAUCGAUAGGAAAUUCCAAUGUAAAUAAUAAUAGUACAUCAUCAGUGCAAACACCCUUAAAUGUAGCCCCAAAUAAAUCGUCGUUAUUUGGUUCAAAUAAUAGUAGUUCGUCUAGUAGUCCCAGUCCUGUUCCUCCUACAACUAAACCUGUUGUGAAUCAUGGCAAGCCAAAUUGUGCCCCAAAACCUCCAGGACUGCAACAAUUAGUUGCAAACGGAAAACCUACGGUAGCGAGACAUCAUAGCAUGAAAUCGCCAAGGUCGCCGCCGAUUGCACCCGCCGGGGUAUCUAAUUUCCCUGCAACACAUUUUGGAACACUUCGCGGCCCUCCGCAGCAAUUCCAAUCCCAAGAGGCGAUAAAUCUUAAUGUGAGGCAACCUCCAAGUGCUCCAGUCGGUCGACCGACAGUUGCACCACCAAAACCCCCGUCGAUUAAACCACCACCGCCUCCGACACCAGCACGUAGUGUAUCUAACACGAAUCUAACAAAUAUUCCACUGAGUACAGCACCAACGACUGGGAAUAAUACGUUUGGAUCUACAAGCAACGUAUCAUCUUUAAAAGAGCAAUUGAAAAAUCAAUUAAAUCAUGGUGGCUCGACAAGCAAUGUGUCAAAUUUGUUUACGAAUUCAAUCAAUAACAAUAAUAAAGGAGGAACUGUGAAAUUGAGUUCGCCGGUUAAUAGUAGAGAGAAAAAUGUGGCUGUGAAUGGUAGUGCGGUGGUACCCCCACCGUUACCGCCCCAUAGGACAAGUCCUGCGCCACCUCCGCCUCAGAGGCAAUUAAGCAAUACACCAUCAUCAGCUACAACUUCAGCUCCACCAGUGCCACCACAACGACAUUCAUCUAUACGAACUAGCACGACGUCGUCGAUAAUAACAUCAGCCCCCGCACCACCUCCGCCUGCUACCAGUCAAGGAUCUGUGCAACGAUUAGCUUUGGAUUUAGAAGCUCGAUUUGCUGGACGUUUCCAUAAUGUUACAGAAUUUCCAACACCACCACCAUUCUUAAAUAUCCAUAAAAGUUAUCCUAGUCGAAAUAUUAGAACAUCUAACGCGAGUGAAAUACGAAAGCAAAGAGCACCGAAUCCACCAACAUUACAGAUAUCACAAGAUUCCGGUUUUCUGCAAUUGAGUAGCAACAAGUUAUUUACUAGUGACCAAUCGUAUUGCUAGAAUGAAAUAUUAAGAUCCUCAUAUAUAAACUUUAAAACACAAGCAAUUAGAUAAUAAAAACAAGUAAUAUAAUGUUAGGCAUAUUUUAGAACCUAGUUUAUUUGACUUCUUUGAAGCUGUGUACUUAAAUGAAAAUAGAGUAAUUUUGUUGCCAUAUUCAAACAGAAGCAGAAAAGCACUCAUAGCAUCUGGUUCAUUUCCAUUAAAGACAGUGUAAGCUAGCACAUAGAGUAAUUGAUUAUCCAGACCGCAACUUAGCAAUUCCUGUUAAUGAAAUUUACUAUAUGCAUACAUAUUUGUUAUUCCUUUUCAGUAUUAUAAAUCCUUCUUAUAUCCAAAACUCAAUAACGAUUUAUGAAAAGUGAAGUCGUAUCGUUAUCUCAAAAAUUAAAUCCUAAACACAGAAAGCCUAAUGGAAGUUGAAUCUGUCACUUAAAAAUAUUACUUUAAAUAAGUUCAGGGUUAAGCACUGCAUUUAAAAAUUACAGGAAUAGCCUCAUAUCCGGCAUUUAUUGACUGGACAAUGUUAUCAGAAUAAUGACAAUAUUUCAAUAUGAAAUUUCAAAUAAAUUAGUCGCUUCGAUCAACGCAUAAUGGCUGGAAUAAAGUCAUGUAAAGUGUAACAGACACUACUGCUUCUAAUCUUUGAAAUCUAUCUCAUAUCACGCGUACGAAAUUAUUUCACGCUUGUCAAUAUGAAUAACACUGUUUACUUGCUCAUAAUUUUCCAUUCUACCCAUGCAGAUACAUUCGAGGAUGAAGAAGACUUUGGUGAUGAUGAAUUUGAAUAAAACUUGACGAUCACUUCAAGUGAAAUGAUAACCGUUGAUAAACAGGUAUAUACAUGUGUACGUUUAUGAUAGAUGUAGUGGCUUGAUGCAAUUCAGAGUUUUUUGGCAGAUAAUAGCUUCAUGAUAACCCAUUUGAGUUUCGCUUAAAGUUAAGGCAUUCAUUCCACUUACAUUCCGACAUUAUAGUACAUUACAGUAUAAACAACUUGAAAAACGAGAACUUUGAUUCAUUUGUUCGUGUUCAAUAAUGCACCCUUUGUAUAAAAUGGAAAGUUUGACUAAGUAUUCUGUAAAGUCUUUUCGACUCUUCUUCCUUUUUCAAUGGCACGGCAGACCAAAUCGGUCCUUGGCCUUUAGGAUAGUUUUUCGCCAAUCUUCCCGGUUUAAUGGCCUCUUCCUCCCCCAGUCUAUCGUAGUUUUACGAGGGCCGAUGUAAAUGAUUAAACGUGCAAAUAGAGAUUAGCGUUGUACCAUAUGUACAACUCGCGGCCAUCGCCUGCUAAUGCUGUGUGAUGAUCUAAUGAUCUAUUGAAAUAACAACGAAAUAAUAAAUUAAUUUUUAUCCCACAUCAUGUGUGGGCCGAGCGAAAUGCUGACCAUACCUACAGUGUACUGUGUAGGAGGCAAUGUGAUCAAAUUACUGAAAUCUGUCUCUAUCUCGAAUGAAAUUAAACCUUUUUGUUUUUGAGUACCCUGAGCCACAGACGGAUUUUCUUACAGCAUUUUUAUGUCUAUGUUAUUAACCGAGGCAAUAUCGUCUACAGGAGGCUCCACGAAAGUAUUGCAUUUUCGGUAUCGUAGGAAUUUGACCUCGUAGUCUCCUUCACCAUAUUUCAUCUUGCGGAUUCGACCAAUGUAGAACUUGGAUUGGCUUCUACUUUUGAAUUCAUGGUCGCGUUUCAAAUCUCACUGGUGGCCGUGGAAUUUGUAUCGUGAUUUCACGUAGGAUACCAGUCGACUCAGCUGCGAAUGAGUACCUGAGUCCUGAGGCCUUGUACUCAACUACGACAUCUU